AAUCCUUGCAAUGGUAGGUGAUCGGGUCGUCGGUGUUCUGAGGUCACCACCAUGCUCAGCGGUUCUAUUUCUGUACACCCACUCGAUGGUGCGAUACAGUGGGCCAACAGUCGGCAACACCGGCCGCACUGUCACCGACGACCAAUGGUUGGUCGGCGUUCCCGACGUUUUGAUUCAACAGGAAUCCGCCUGCGGGCGCAACGUUACCAUCGUCAUCAGCAACCAGACCAGAUGGGGUAUCGUCGUCGAUUCCAAAUCUUCGCCCGGCAUCAACCUCAGCCCUGCGUUGUUCCAAGAGUUCGCCCCUCUGAAUGUAGGCCGCAUCGACAAUGCAGUAUGGUACUUCAGCGACAACGCAAGCCAAGGGACGCAGGGUGAACCAGGCAGCAACCCCAACCAGAGCGAAGAUCCUGAGAACACGACGGUUGCUAACACCGACGAUGCCAAUGAAGGGGAGCAGCGCAACGACGAGGUGACUGAGAAUGCCACCGAGGCGGGUGCAAACGACGACGAGGACGAAGGUAGCGACGAGAUUGAGGAUGCGAACGAUGCCGAUGCCCACGCUCCUGGUGCUGGAACGGCGACUACUACGACCACUCCAGACUCCGAUUCGGCUGCUCACAGUACGCCAGAAGCCAGCUCUGCCAGCUCGAACAGCGGUUCGAGUGGCUCUGCCACCGCUUCCUCGGUCGCUCCUGGCCACGAGCACCAGGAACACCAGGACACGACAACGCAAGGCGCUGAAGGUAUCACAGAUGCCACUGACGGCCACGACACGCGCGAGGAGGACACAGAUGCUGACCAUACCUCCGAGAAUCAUGGUGACGCUCAGACACAGCCGGCCGAGGCCACGCAGAUGGCAGUUUCGUGAGAGCAAGACGGCUUCUUCUUCACUGAAACAAGAACGCGUCUUUCGCCCUCGAGUAAGAGAUCCAACAGAGUUGCUCUUUCGAGCAUCUUGAUGCACUGUUCAUAGCUCGCCCGUACCCAAGACACCUCGCCUCUGCGGCAAAUGCCACCCCGACGAAAUUCAAGCUCUCGGUCCGCCACGCUUCUGCCCCUCCAGUAGUCAAAAUUUUGAUCCCACUUACACAAUGUUCAUCACUU